AUGACGACGGGGGAUCAACGUCAGACCGCCUCAACUGGUCACGACAAUGCAACGAUACAACAGAUGGCUGAGACUAUGCAAAAAAUGCAAGAAGACAUGGAUGCCUUGAGGGCUGAAAAGGAAACAUGGAGGACAGAAAGAGAGACGAUGCAAUCGCAAAUACAGGCUUUGCACCAAGAAGUCACUACGGAGAGAUCCAAGGCUAGACAAACUGAAAAGGGUACAUUGGCAAGUGUGGCAAGAUGCCUAAACAUGGAUGAUGCGGAUGAGGAAGAAUAUGACGAAGAGAUAGAGGUGGAGAACCCUAAUCCAGAAAAUCCAAAAAACAACGAGGAGCCUGUGGAUGAGAACGAUGCAGGAGGACACAUAAAGGACACAGGGCACAAACAGAACAAGAAGAAGAAAAAGACUCACAAGCCUUCCAAAUCACGCAACAACGCGACUGAGACAAUGCGAAAGGAACUACUUGACUUGAAGGAGAUGGUACAACACAUACCAGGAGUGCCCAAACCCCUAGAGAAAGCCAUACCACUGAGCUAUGCCGACUCAACCUUUCGCGACAACAUCGCCUUGGUUGAAACUCCUAAGCGUUUCGCAGUACCCGCUAUGAAAGCCUACGACGGCACGACCGAUCCACAAGAACAUGUGGCGCAAUACAAACAAAGAAUGUUCACGGUGCCAAUCACAAGAGAACUAAGGGAGCCAUGCAUGUGUAAAGGCUUUGGUUCGACACUCACAGGUCCAGCACUACAAUGGUACGUAGGUCUACCCAACGGAAGUAUCGAGACAUUUGCUGACUUGGUCGACGCCUUCAAUCUGCAAUUUGCUAGCAGCCGGGUAUUUGAGAAAACCACGAGUGACUUGUAUAAAAUUGUUCAAGGAUUCAGAGAGCCACUAAGGGAUUACUUGACAAGAUUCAACCGUGAAAAGGUCACCAUCACCAAUUAUGACAUCCCGACAGCAAUCGAGGCUUUCAGAAGAGGCUUAGAGAAGGAUUCACCUUUGUACGACGAGCUCACCAAAUACCCAUGUAAGACACUGGAUGACGUCCAAGCUAAAGCAAUGGCACAAGUCCGAUUGGAAGAAGACAAGAGAGAAAGGGACGACAAGUACUAUCGACCCAAUAGAAAGAUCUUGACAACAAGGACCUGGGACUACAGGCCCUACACCCGGGAUUCAAGAGACGUGAGAGAAGAUACACGUAUCAACUCCACACAGGAGUAUGCUGACUGGCGAAAGGAUCCAAACUUACCCCCAACUUAUGACAGUUACGGUUUCACAAUCACGCCCUCAGCAAUGAUGAGAGAAUUUACACGGAUGGGAGACAUAGUGAAGUGGCCGGUGAAGAGCAACAAGCCAAAGGCAAACCCCGAAUCUAAGCUAUGGUGUGACUUCCAUGGUGACUACGGACACAAGGCCUCUGACUGUGUGGCGUUGAGAAAGGAGAUCCAAUACCUUGUCAAGAAGGGACACCUGACAGAGUUCAUGACAAAUAAGGGACACCUGACGGAGUUCAUGCCAAAUAAGAAGGCGACACAUGACAAGACAUCACCAAAGCUGCCACCACCACCCCCCUACCAGAAAGUCAUCAACUUCAUAGCAGGAGGCUCGGAGGUAUGUGGAGCGACUUACUCACAAGCCAAGCGAAUAUCCCGACGAACUGAGAAACAAGUCGCAACAAGAAGUGAACGAGCUGACGACACGGACCCAUUCGCCUUCGACGGGAGAGAUCGGGAACACAUAAAUGAGCCACAGCAAGACGCCCUGGUAAUAUCGCUUCCUGUGGGGAAUUGCCUCAUUAAGAGAAUCAUGGUAGACAAUGGCAGUGCAGCAAACAUCAUGACGAAACACACACUACAGGAGAUGGGGCUUGCCGAAAGUGACAUGAUUAAGAAGUCGACCAUCUUGGUAGGGUUUAGUGGUGAGACGAAGAAAACAGUAGGAGAAAUCACGUCACCGACCUAUGCUCAGGGAGUGAACAUCCUGACCAAGUUUCUUAUCAUAGAAUGCGACUCUACGUAUAACAUCAUAAUGGGGCGCCCCUGGAUCCAUGACUUACAAGCUGUGCCAUCAACAUUCCACCAAGUGUUAAAGUUUCCUACACCAUGGGGAGUGCAACAAAUCCGAGGGGACCAGGCAACGGCAAGGGAGUGUUACAAAACUUGCAUGAAACCUACUGUCCAACAUGAGGCGCAAACCACUCCUCCGCCAGUCAUGACGGGACCAGAGAAGUUAACUGAAGUCAGCCUCGAUACAGGGGACAAGAAAGUUCUGAUCGGAGACGACCUGUCCCCCACCAUAGAAAGUCACCUAGUUGAUUUCUUGACAACAAGACUGGAUGCAUUUGCUUGGGAACAUGAGGACAUCACGGGUAUUAGCGCAGAUGUAAUUAUACACAAACUAAACGUCGAUCCUGACCACAAGCCAGUCCAACAGAGAAGGAGAAAAUUUGCAGCUGAAAGAAACAAAAUCAUUAACGACGAAGUAUCACGACUGCUAAAAACAGGGAUGAUAAGGGAGGUCGACUACCCAGAAUGGCUCGCCAAUGUCGUAAUAGUUCAAAAGAAGAAUGGCAAGUGGAGAGUCUGCGUAGAUUAUACCGACUUGAACAAGGCAUGCCCUAAGGAUCCUGAAAGGCAUAUGUUCAGCCUAUUUGUAUUUAAAGAGGUACAACUCAACUCAGAUAAGAAAGCUCAGUAA